GGUUUCAGUAUUGAUUCUAAAGUGUCGCUGAUUGCAUGCGGGUGGUUUUUACUCCGGUGAAGUGCAUUAUUCUUGCCCAAAGGUGCACCCUCACACCUGUUUGGCUAUGAAUUAAAAACAAAAUCCGUGGUUAAAAAGUCGAUUUUUCGAUGUUAAUUUUUAACUAAAACUAUUAAAAGUCCCUUAAAACACCGUUAUUUGCCAGUGCUUAAAACAAUAGACAAUUUUUUUUCCUUCUCACAUUACCCCCGAGAACGCAUGUCUGGAAAAAGCUGAUUACUCCAUACCAUGUGCCAUACCUUCUAAUAGUGCAUUGAGUGGGAUACCGCAUAUACACAAAACACAACACGACACACCAAGAAUCUACUGCUGGCUGGCUGGGGGGCGAAUAACACUCAGAGUGGAUUUUAGUUUAGUCUAUGGUCGUGACUCGUGAAUAAAACGGUUCCGUAUUCUCAUUAAUAGUAGACAAAUGGUAAUAGUAUAAGAGCCGGGCCGGAACUCCUGGAAGCACACCAAAUCAAUUAAAAGAAGAAAAAAAAAAAAAAUCAUGAAUCGCGGAUGUAGAGUAUUAUGUCUUCUGUGUUUUUUUGUGGAAAGAAAUUAGUUAAUUAUUCAACAAAAUUGGAAAAAAUUAUAAGAAAAAAGGAUCGUUAGAGGUGACGUCCAUUGUGUUUCAGUAAAAAGGACUUUUGGCCUUCCUCUAAUAAAAAAAAAAAAAUUAUAUAUCCUCCAAGUCAAGUGCCUUUGUUCUGUGUUUGUUCUUUGAUCUAAUAAUUUAGCACUUUAAUAAAAAGAAAAGAGCCCUCUUUUAAAACAACCUUCUCCCCCCUUUAACCCAGCCACCUUAAAAGUUUUAAGCUAUCAUCGGCAGUUUAGAAUGACGUUAAGUCCUCUAUGAAAUUUUACUCGUCCUGGAUAAAUCAAUAUCACAAAGAAAAAGAGAGAAAAAGCAAAUAUAUAUAAUAUUUAAUUCUUGCCCCCCGUACCCGUUCGUCUCGGUCUCCGCUACUGCGGUGUUGCUAGAGCGGGCUUGGUGGAUGCUUAUCGUGAGACAUGGCUGCAGAAGGUGGUGGUGGUGGUUGUACCAACCCAAUUCCAAUAACCAGUUGCAGCAGCUCAUCCGCCCUGUAUAAGGCGAGAAGUGAUGGUGGAUGUGGGGGUGGGAUAGCCACAUGUGCUGGAGAGGGCAAACGGGGAUAUCUUAAUGGAACUGGGAGUCUGGGAAGGAUACGCAAGCAGAAAAGCAUGGACACUAGUGAUGAUGAUUUCGAUGAUUCACAGGUGGCCCAUAUCCAUGAAAGAUUUAAAUCAGAUCGAAUAGCAAUUACGAAGCCCGAAGAAGACCGUCGUCGGCGAACUAUAAUUGUCGAAAAGAAGAACUCAAGCUUUGGCUUUACCCUACAGAGUUAUGGCAUUCAUUACAAGAAAGAACAAGAAGUGGAAAUGAUAACUUAUGUCGAUUAUGUGGAGUAUGAUGGUCCAGCUUAUAAGGCUGGAAUGCGAGAGGGCGAUGUUAUACUCUCUAUAAAUGGUACCGACAUGGAGAAGGCUGAUCACAAAACACUCGUGGCUUUUAUAAAAAACUGUGAUACAAGGAUGCGAAUGGUUGUCCUCUUUGAAGACUGUGUGCGAAAGGUCAAUCUUCAUAUGCGUUACAUGCAGUUGCAGAAUAUUUUACAAAGCAAAAUGAAUGAGUUGGAAAGAAUUUGCUUGCGGGAGCGGGAACUCCUCGAAGGCAAAUGGAAAACGCAUAGUCUUCCAGCUAGAAAGAAAGCCACAACCUCCCCUACUGAUGGGGAUAAUGGAGUAUCUCCAACAGCUAGUGACAGUCAACCGCCAUUCUACCGGCCGACUUUAUCCACCGAAGAUGUGGUCAACGUUGGGCGCCAUCAAACACCAACCAUCAUUCCACCGCCAGCUCAGUUCAUGCUUACUUACCAAUAUCUAGAUCCAACAUAUCGAUAUGUUCUCAAGCCAUCAACAUCAAGCAGUAGUGGGGAGUAUUUCAUAAGCAUGAGUGGGCCAGUGCGAAGUCCUAGUGAACAGCAUUUCUUUCUCACUAGAGCUGAGUCUGCAGACAAUGCAGGCGUUUAUGUGACUCAGAAUCAUCAGCAGCCACCGGGACAGCAACAAGUUCAACAACAACAUCAGCCUCAGCAACAACCACAACAACUACCACAAACCCAACAACAACAACAACAACAGCCUCGGCCCAACCCACCAGUUCCACCACCUCGAACCUGUGAGAAGCAUCAACAUCCCCUGGUUCAGGAGAAGCAGCUGCAUGCUCAAGCCAAACAACAGCCACUGCCAGAAAAAGAGCCGGUCAAAGCUCACAAAAGCCGUCAUUGUCAUGGACAUUCUUGUAAUCCAUGUGUUGGCCAUUUUGGGCGCAAGUCAUCGUCGGCUGAUAAAAACGGUGAUAAUGUUAGCUUGGACGCUUACGACUUGGCAAGUCCCUGCUGCGAUACCCAUUGCGUUCCGACUCGUCGACGAGCUCGCCAUCACAAGGAACAUCACCACAAGCACAAACAUCGAGAAAAAGAGUCCAAGGAAAGACCACCACGACCAAAGUCUCAGUCACAUGUCUCACCGGCAACAUCUACUCGCCAUCAGCACCACCAUCAUUCCACCCAGCAAACAACGCAACCACAGCAAUCAGUUCCACACCAACAACAACAGCAACAACAACAACAACAACAGCAGCAACAUCAAUACCAUCAUCAAUAUCAGCACUCAGGACAUGGAUGUGAUUCGGGUAAGGUCCGUUCACGAUAUUAUGACCUUACUGCUGGCUUAGCCAGUCACUGCAGUCUUCACUCGUGCACAUCGAGCGAAUUCGCCCCAGCUGAUAGUUCAGCAUCGUACACAACUUCACUUAGUACCGAUACUCUCUAUUGGGAUCCUCAAAGCGAGGGCGGUGCAAGUCGCCAACAUUCCACAAAGUCCCGUCAAUCUUACCACCAAGCCACCGGUCACCAGCCACAACCAGUUCAACAUGGUGGCACUUUACCAGCCCAACAGCCUCAUGGGGUCUAUCAGCAGCGAUAUCACAUCUCGGCCACACAAGUUCAGCCAUCACAAAUUUAUCCCACAUCGCAAUGUGCGAACAAGCCGAAAUCUUGGGACAAUCUUACAACCAAAUCAAUCGGUGGUUAUGGCUUUGGCUAUGGUUAUUUGGACAGUGUUGGUCCAAAGCCACCAAUUAAGCUACAAAUAGCACAACAGAGACAUUCGAUACCGCGCAAAAAUCCAUACGGCCGUUAUUCCACCUAUACUGAUGUUGAAAACUAUGCUCCACCACCGUCGCAAUUUGUCGAAGAACUUACCACAACCACAACGACUAUAACAACGACCAAAUCUACAGAGGAGCUCAUAGCUCCGGUACCAUGCGGUGGUGGUUCGGAUGUUACAAUUUGUGACUGUGGCAAAACUCAGCCAAAAAUCGUACCAACAUCACUUGCAUCGCAAGCGGGUGCUCUACAAUAUCAUAAUGCUAAGUAUUCCCACCAUAAUAAUUGUCGGCUUGGAUAUUAUUCGAAUUUGCCAAGACCGUUGGCCAAUGCUGCGACAUCAACAUCAACGGCUAAUGGCGGAGCACAGGUACACACGAUUUCGGAGAUGACACGGUUGUAAGGUAGUUUUAAAGAUUAUGAUGGUUUUGAAAGGCAAAGGCGGUUUUAUUACAAAAUGUUUAAGAUACAUAUAAAAUAACUAUAUUAAUAACUUAUUUUAAAUUUUAUAAUAGCUUCAAAGUUUUCUGUAGGUACUCGAACACUUGUGUUUUAUCAGCAAUAGAUUCUUAGCAGUUACAAAAAAUUUAUUGAACAAAAUGUUUUAACGAAGGAUUAGGUUUCGUGCUGUGAAAAAAGCUGUGUCAAGACGUUCAGAACAAAACAGCUUAUAGCAAAUGCAUUUUGAUACUCAAAAUGUGAGGUGGUAGGGAAGAUUGGAUAAAUUAUCACCAUCACCCAUAUUUCGGCUUCGAGCAAGAGAAGUUUUUUUUUAUCCCAACGAGGUUAUUUUAAUAUUACAUCCUUUUAAAUUCAUGAAACUGUUAUAUUCGUGAUACAUUGUUAAAAAAGUAAAAGUGUCAUAUCAUGAUUUUAAGUUCGUUCUGUAGUACAGCCAAAAACACACGAAAAUUCGGAAGUACUUUACAAAAAAUUACUAUUAACAGGACUUUAUUUGCUUAAUUUGAAUUUACUACUCAAAUUCAUCAAAGCUAAGUUGAGGAUCAACUUUUUUGACUCGUGAUAUUGAUAUCCUUGCAGACUAAGUUUAAAAUUUAUAUUAUUUAAGUUUAAGCAAUCUAUCUCACAAAGUAUAAAAUUUCAAAAUGAAAAUGUAAUAAAAUACUUGCAGUCAACUUUUCACUUUUGUCUUUUCCCAUUUUGGUUGAUUUUUUCAUUUAAAAUAGGGAUAUUUGUAUCAGUUCUAAUGAUCUUUCAGGCAAAUCAAUAUUGAUAAGAAAUUUAUUUUUAUUCGUAAAUGUGUGUGAACAAUUUUUCCAUUAAUUUGCUUAGAAUUUACAAAAACAAUGUCAAAUACAGCAAUGUGUAAAGUGCGUGUAAAAGUAGGUGUAAAUUUAUCUAAAAAUCGAGACCUGGAAAAUGUGAUCUCGGAUGAAAAAAAACUGAUCUCUUUUGGUAAAUACGAUUUGAGAUACCACUGUUUCCCAAUAUUUUUUUUUUAUCUAGGUUCACAAAUGAUUGACCUUUUGUGGCAAAUAAGGUGAAAAUACAGAUUGUUCUGAAUUUAUUCUAUUUGGGUAUAACUUGAUGUCAAUAUUCUUAUCUCACCAUUAGGUCAGCAUGUUGACGAGCCAAUUUAAAUUUCGGACGUUAAUGAUCGAACAGAAAGGAUUCCUCAUAAAAAGACAGAAAUUCGAAGUCGAUGAAUAUCCACUUUGUUAGAUUUGAAACUAUCUUUCAGGCCGUUUAAUACAAGCUAAGCAAAUAAAUGCUACUGUACCCCACAGUACCGUUGUGUCUCCAACUCUCUUUUUUACUUUCUUUCUUCACUUUACUGCUGUGAUGGAUGAGUCCCUGUUUUUCAUAUUCGCUUCCUGAUUCACACCCAUGGAUGCGGAAAGUGCUGCUUACUAUUAUUAAAGUUGAGCUUAUCGCCCAUCGCAUAUCUGUGAGUGCUACUUGCAUCGAGAGAAUCGAGUAACUUUGCGUUCUCGCAAUGGGCAUUAUAAACCACCUUCUGUGGAAAGAACAUACAU